UGACAUCUAAAAACAAAUGAAAGCUUAGGUAAGAAAUAUUAGACGAAAAAAUAUCCAAAUAGCCUAUUUCUUUAAGUUCAGUUCGAUAUCCCGACGUAUUCCUCAAAAUGAACGUCCGGGCGUUUGUAACGAAGAACCUUCUGGCAAUAGUCAUGGUACCAGCUAUCAUUGGCAGUCACUACACUUGGUACAAGCUUCAGCAAGACGACAGACUUGUUUCUAAGGAGGAACGCGACAAAAUUCCAAUAUUUACUUUCUUCAAGAAACUGGGUGCUCUCGGUGGCAACAGCGAGUGACGAGAAAUGCAGAUGAAGUCUGUAAAUAUGUAAAAUACCAUUGGGAGGGUCGAGUGAUGCUUUUAGAAAUAAGUUAUUUUUAGUAAAUU